GAGGGGAUUGGAGCACCUGAAUCACAUGAUAUGGAGGGGAUUGGAACACCUGAAUCACAUGAUAUGGAGGGGAUUGGAACACCUGAAUCACAUGAUAUGGAGGGGAUUGGAACACCUGAAUCACAUGAUUGGAGGGGAUUGGAACACCUGAAUCACAUGAUUGGGAGGGGAUUGGAACACCUUAAUCACAUGAUUGGGUAGGGGAUUGGAACACCUGAAUCACAACCUGAUAUGGAGGGGAUUGAGCACCUAAAUCACAUGAUAUGGAGGGGAUUGGAACACCUGAAUCACAUGAUAUGGAGGGGAUUGGGAUACCUGAAUCACAUGAUAUGGAGGGGAUUGGAACACCUGAAUCAAAUGAUUGGGAGGGGAUUGGAACACCUGAAUCAAAUGAUUGGGAGGGAAUUGGAACACCUGAAUCACAUGAUAUGGGGG